AUGAAUAACACCAAAACACAAUUGAGCCAACUUAAGCAUUAUGUAGCACAUGCGUAGAAUGCGCCCCCGAAAUGCGCCGGUUUAGCGAAAUUAGUAUUAUCUGUGCAUCGAUGUGUCGUAGAGAUGGCAACACUGGCCCCGUGGUCAUCGGGCAGGCAACACGCUAAACUGCUGCGCGUCUAUCCAUGUCAAGAGAGUGCAACUUGGGAUCAAUAUAAAUUAAAAAUGUGGAAUUCUCACUUAAAACAACAUUAUUUGUGAUCAUCCGUAAAUGGUAGCGCUCCGCGGGAACUGUAGCGCGCACUUCGGGCCGUGGCGUGUCGUUUUAUCGCGACCCAUCCUCCAUUGCGAAGGCGAAAUGACGGGGCCUUUUUAGUGAAGUGUCGAGACACUCGUUAUGUAGUGAACUGUUUUUUGUACAUUGUUGUGGACGGUCGUCGGAUCGUGUUAUUAUGACACGAUGAUUAGUUUGUGGGUGAUCCUUGUGGCGGCGUGGGGAGCGCGCGGGGAACAGGUGAUGCUUUUGGACACGACCACUGAAGCUACAUUGUCGUGGACGAGGUUUCCUUACGGGCCGCAGGCGAGCACGCCGGGGUGGCUCGAGGAGUCGUACACGAAUUUCGAGAAGCAGAUAAACUGGCGUUCGUACGUGGUGUGCGAUGUGGCGCACCACAACGUUAACAACUGGCUGUGGACGCCCUUCAUAGAGCGACGGAACGCGAAUCGCAUUUACAUCGAGAUAAAGUUCACUAUUCGCGAUUGCUCGUUGUUUCCGGGCAACGCUCUGAGCUGCAAGGAGACCUUCAGUUUGCUGUACUAUGAGUUCGACGUCGCAACGCGCGAGCAGCCUCCGUGGGAGCCCGAGAGCUACAAGUUAGUCGGCCCUAUUGCCGCUGGCGAAGGGCGCUUCAACACUAAUUCUGAAGUUGACAUAAACACUGAAGUGAAAAGCAUUGCUGUCACCAAAAGAGGUGUCUAUUUUGCCUUCAGAGACAAAGGCGCCUGUAUAUCACUACUCGCCGUCAAAGUGUAUUAUAUAACGUGCCCGGAGACCACUAUAAACUUUGCGAGGUUCCUGGCUACUCCUACCGGAAGGGAAGUCACAGUUAUAGAACAGGCCAAUGGCACCUGUGUGGAGAACGCAGAGACUGCUCCAGGUGAGGCUGCCCCAGUAUAUUUAUGCAAAGGUGAUGGCAAGUGGACCCUGCCCAGCGGCUCCUGCAAGUGCCGGGCUGGCUAUGAACCUGACCACCACAACCAGGAAUGUAACGAAUGCCAGCCAGGGAAAUUUAAGUCUUACACCGGAGAUGAUCCCUGUGCACCAUGCCCGGACUACUCUGAAACAUUAGCUUAUGCUUCAGUGGAAUGUAAGUGUGUACCUGGCUUUUACAGAGCCAAAAAAGACCCCAAGAAUGUACCUUGCACACAGCCACCUUCAGCACCUGACAAUUUAACUGUUUUAAUAGCUGAUCAGUUUUCCAUAUCUCUCACUUGGAAACCCCCACAUAAAAAUGGAGGACGGAAUGAUGUCACUUACCGGGUAUACUGCACAAACUGUGGCCCAAAUGUUGAGUACCGGCCUGCGGCCACCGGUCUAAAUUCCACAAAAGUUACGAUCAGCAAUUUGGAACCAGUGACCGAAUACAAAUUUCAAGUGUUUGCUGAAAAUGGAAUCACUGAUCUCACUGGUGAACCACCAAAGAAAGCAGAAAUAACUGCUAUCACCGAAGCUUCAGUCAGUGUAGUGACAAAACUUAGGGUCUUAAAUGCUGAGAGUGAUAAAUUGUCUAUCGCUUGGAAUGCACCACCGAUAGAUUCAUCAGACCCCGAUGACACUAUUGAGAGCUAUGAAGUCAAAUGCUUCCCCAAAGACAAUUCUGAGAAAAGUGGUAACACGACACUUAAAAUAACGAAAGAGCCUCACGUGAUUAUAACAGGAUUGAAAAGGGACACGGAAUAUGGAAUUAGAGUGAGAGCAAAAAUGAAGAGAGGCUGGGGUGAGUUCAGCAACGUUGUGUACACUAGAACAGGUGCCGUGCAGCAGACUGAGACCAGCUUUGUUGGUGAUGAGGAAGGUGCUCAAGUCAGGUUAGUCGCCGGAGUCAUGGUGGCCGUCGUCGUACUCUCUGUCAUAGCCAUCAUAGCGACUGUUCUAUUUCUACGCUCACGAGCAGACGACGAGUGCGACAAGAAACAGCCGAACGACUGCAACGCACUCAACUACAGAAACGGAGAGGUAUACACGGGCCCAGAACGCCCGGCCAAGACUAGCAGCAACGCAACCACGCCGCUCUUCGCCGGCACCGGAUCCAGGACCUACAUAGACCCCCACACUUAUGAAGACCCUAAUCAGGCUGUCAGAGAAUUCGCACGCGAAAUCGACGCUUCUUGUAUCACAAUAGAGGCGAUUAUUGGAGGCGGAGAAUUUGGAGACGUCUGCCGCGGCAAGCUCAAGCUUCCAGCUAGCUGCGGACAAGAAAUAGACGUCGCUAUUAAGACACUCAAACCAGGGUCGACUGAAAGAGCUAGGCGAGACUUCCUCGCCGAGGCAUCCAUUAUGGGGCAGUUUGAACAUCCUAAUGUUAUUUUCCUGCAAGGUGUCGUGACUAAAUGCAACCCUAUUAUGAUAAUUACUGAAUUUAUGGAAAACGGGUCGCUGGACACUUUCCUGAGAGCGAACGACGGAAAAUUCCGCGUGCUGCAGCUAGUGGGUAUGCUGAGAGGAAUAGCUACCGGCAUGCAAUAUCUGUCCGAAAUGAACUACAUACAUCGCGAUCUUGCGGCGCGAAAUGUACUAGUUAAUUCCCAACUGGUCUGCAAGAUUGCGGACUUCGGUCUGUCGCGCGAAAUCGAGUCAACCGCCGACGGAGCGUACACAACCCGAGGCGGUAAGAUCCCAGUCCGGUGGACUGCUCCAGAAGCCAUCGCGUUUAGAAAAUUCACAUCGGCCAGUGACGUCUGGUCCAUGGGCAUCGUUUGCUGGGAGGUCAUGAGUUUCGGCGAGCGUCCAUAUUGGAACUGGAGCAAUCAAGACGUCAUAAAAUCUAUAGAGAAAGGUUAUCGCCUCCCGGCGCCUAUGGACUGUCCCGAGGCAGUUUACCAGUUGAUGCUCGACUGCUGGCAAAAGGAACGCACGCAUCGGCCUACGUUUUCUAGUAUCGUAAAGACGCUGGACAAGCUCAUACGUUGUCCGGACACGCUACGUAAAAUAGCGCAGAAUCGCUCGGCGGAUCCUCUCGCAGGCGACACACCAGACAUGAUCCAGUUCUCGUCCGUAGAGGAAUGGCUGGAGUGCAUAAAAAUGUCUCGGUACAUAGAGAAGUUCCGAGCGGCGGGCAUAGCGGACAUGGACGCGGUGGUGGACCUGACCGUGCACCAGCUGGCGUCGCUCGGGGUGACCCUUGUGGGCCAUCAAAAGAAAAUCAUGAACAGUGUCCAAAACAUGCGGGCGCAGAUCCGAGUGAGCGGCCCGUACGGUUUUUUGGUGUGAGUGAAAGUGAUCUCGAUCGUUCGAAAUGCAUUAUGUAUAUUUUUCUAAAACUCGUAGUGAUACUGAUAUGCUAAGAGAAUUUAACUAUUUUGCUGUAUUUAUUUUUCUGGCUUUUACUAUCGGCCUACUCCGGCUACCGUCUUAACCACAACGAAACAGAGCCAUACUUAUUUUAGAGCUAUAUCAAGUGACUGGGCCUACUCUACUCUCAACUGAACUCUUUUUGUGAUCUUUUAUUUUAUUUUUUAAUGAUUAAUUGUAGUUAUUUUAUGAAUAGCGAAGUACAAUACAAAGUAAGAGCUUGUGUUCUAAAUAUCUAAAACAUAUUAAUCGUAGCUAGAGAAUUUCGCGGUACACAUUUCGAUGUUCGUAUUUGUAUAUUCAUGGUUUUUGAUAUCCGGACAUAGUAUAAAGGUGUUAUGUGUAAGUAGUGUAAUCCCUGUAGAUGAUAUACGACUUAUUUACUAUAUUAUGUGAUCAAAUUCGAGUACUUAACGUAACUUGCCGUGUGCAUUUAAUUUUGUAAAUAUUUUUUGAUAAGCGCAAAUUCUAAAUGAAUGUCCGCCUUAUGAAACUUGUUUUUACUUUUGUUUUAAAGGCAGCUGAAUUUAUUUUGAGCGGUAUAUACACGACACAGUUAGCUCUGUGUGCUCACAGGGUAAAUGUUUCUUGUGUCGACUCGAUGUCUGCCUUAACAGACGAGCGUUAGGCGAGGGUGUUUAUAGACUUAAAAAUUAUAUGAAAUAACUAUAUUCUGUGAAAAAGAACAUACAAUGAGAUGUUACUUGACAGUCUUAAACACUCUUGUCCCUGUCGCUUAGUUAAUAUAUAUCAGCUGUAAAUAGUUACUAGUGAUAAGUUAUGCUGCCAACUAGUGUAAGGCUUCUAUGGCUUGUCAUAGUCAUCGGCUUUGCGUAUGAUGCCGUUAGAGGGCGCUAGAGAACCACAAAAUACUGGACAAUAAACAUCUUUUUGAUGAGAGACGUGUGGGAAUGAACCUAUAGCAUCGGUUGUGAUUCAGCAGCGCGGGUUUAUAACCAAUGCUAUUGAUUCAUGCAUGUAUCCUCUCAUCUCUGUGCAUCUCCACCUCAGUGGAAAGGUUCCUUUGGUGCUUUUUUUUCAUACUUAUAGAUCAUGAACAAACUAUUAUGUUCUUGACUUUAUUAUUUAUACUUUCAUACUUUUUUGUCAAUUACUUAUUCUUCUUUUCCUAGCCUUAAUUCCAUCAUUUGGGGUCGGCUCUCCUAGUAAUUUUUCGCCAGGACUGUUCGUCUGGGCUGCUAUUUUUGCCAAUUAUUUAUUCUACAUUAUUUUUAUUUAAGUACUAGAUGUGAUGAGUACAUACUUUUACGAUAUAAUUUUGUAAUGAGUGAAUUAUUCAACCAUUCAUAUGACUAAUGUAUGACUUGGAUGUGAUAGAAUUUCUUUUCAAUAAUCUUAUCUUGAUUAUUGCUUAUUGAUUUCACGGAAUUCAUUAACUGCACUGUUGUAAAAUUUCACAUGCAAAUAACAUACCUAUUUGUGUCAAUUCGAGCUACUCGCAUCCUGCAUUGGUUAAAUUUGCGUUUGAAUUUCGAAUGCGAUUGUCAAUAAAAAAAACAACAGACAAGAGAAUAAUGUCUACUUUUUUUAAGUAUUAUGGUGUUUGUGGUAGCUGGCGCCCUCUAUCGGUAUUUCUCUGCUAACUCAAGGCUGCUGCGAGAUUUUUUUAUAUAUGCUAUGCGAAUUAUGUAUGCUAUGUUCGAACCGCCGGACACAUAUACUGGAUUGAAAGAUAUACAGUCUAAAUAUUUAAAUAUUUUGAUAUAGAAAGUUGUUUUUCUUUAUUAAAUUUAAUUUAGUAAUGACGGCCGUACAUUUCUGUAACAAUGAGAUGUACAACUAUUUAUCUCUAUAACUAAUAAUCCGUCUCUUCCCAUAACUUGUAUCUGGUAUACAUGAGUGCGAAUUUCGAAUAUAAUAAUAUUUUGAAUGUUAAUAAAUAAAGUUCUAAAACUUACAAUUAAUUCCCCGUUAUUCGAAUUUUAUACUUCUGAUCCGUAAGCAUUUCAGCUUGUAUUCAUAUAAAGAUGGAGUGUCUGUAUAUCUUCAAAUCUAGUUCUGUUCACGCUAAUUUAUAAGGUAACAACAAGGAACUAGGAUAAAUAGAAAUCUGACUAGGGCCCUAAAAUGACCCGACGGGAAUUGUACCGCGAGCGGCUAAACUGAGGGCCUACCGCGAAUUUCACAAAUUACGGGCAUCUUUCUCUGUCACUCUAAUUACGCCUUAAUUGGAGUAGAAGAGAAAGAUGCCCACAAUUUGCGAACUUCAAUGUUCGCGAUCGGCCCUUGUACUGCGCGCAUGUUAACAACGUCAAAUAUAAUAAUGUCGCGCAAGAUGUCACCCUAUUUCCUGUUAGAGUUAGACCAAGAAAAUUCUGCAGCGAUUUUGAUAGCACACGCAGUGCAAGUGUAAUUUAUACUUUAUAAUUUAACAGAAGUUUGACGUUUAAAAUAACACUUGCACUGCGUAUGCUAUCAAAAUCGCUGCAGAAUUUUCUUGGUCUAAUUGUAACACAUCAGUGACAUCAGAAUUUACGCUGUUGUUACCUUACACAUUGGCUUUUGGAAAUUAGACCCUACACUAAGAUGAAACGCAAUGAAUGAGGGCUACCGCGUUUAAUUUCGCCGCUAGGGGCGCUAGUGUAGAUGGAGGUCUUUCAAAAUGUCAAAAGCAUAGAAGUUUGGGGUGUCUCAAGCUUUUUAUCGGGAAUUUUCACUCCUUAUUCAUAAUUGUGGUAAAUCUUUGUCCAUCUUUGAUUAAUCAUGGUUACCAAUAGAUAUAGCUCAAUAAAUGUUAGUAGCUUAAAAAAAGUGCCAACAAAAAUAUAUGCAAAAUUAAACAGGUUGAAAGAAUUACUCAAUGAAUUGAUUUUAUAAAAAUAAGCAUAGAAGAAUUUUAAGAUCUGUUUUUCUGGACCUACAUCUACAGUGGCGCCAACUGGUGAGCACAAAAACGGUAGCCCUCAUUAUAUUAUUAUUUUAUAAGUACACGGUGCUUGCUUGGUAGGUGUUAGGGAGCUUAAAACGUUUGAACAAGUUUCCACACCGGGAUUGAGUCAGACCAUGCUGGCUGCAUAGUUAGAAGUGUCAGAACGUGGAAGUGUUCCUAUGGAAAUUGUAUUAGUGGCACUGUCACACUUUGUCAUGUAAAAAAUCGUCGCAGAAUCGGCAUAAGCGUACUCUUAACAACGGGCAAGACGGAAAAAAAUCCUCAAUAGGAAAUCUACGUGAAGGGGGCGACACUACCACAAUCCAUCACAAUCUGAGGGUAUACCGCGAAACAAGAAAAUUUAAAUUUAUUUAUUUAACCUCUCUAUCACUUGCAUAUUCGAGCGAUAAAGAGGCAGAUAACUAGAUUUCGAUUUUAUCGUUUCCUGGUAAACAAACCGCCUUGAUGCAUCAAUGUCAUAUUUUAUUAUCUGUGAAAAUUUUACAAAAAACUGUUUAAGACACAGUAUGUAUAAAUUGUAUUAAGUUACUCUAUGGUUUAUGAUAGGUGCUAGUGCUGUACUCUGGCGUAAUACCCCCUAUUCAAUGAAAUGGGAUAUUACUGCAAUUUUCUGCCACCAGAGUGCAGCACUAGCUUUUUUAUAACCAUAAAGUAACUUAUACAUACUUAACAUACUGUACCUUUAACAGGUUUUUGACAAAUUUUCAGAUAUAAUAAAAUAUGACAUUGAUGUAUCAAGGCGGUUUGUUUACAGAGGACCUAAUGGGAAACGCGAAUCCGAUAUUUCGCUAUCUGCCUCUUUAUCGCUCGAAUAUGCAAGAGUGACAGAGAUGUUAAAUAACGAAAUUUCGAUUUUUUUGUUUCGCGAUAGACUCUCAGAUUGUAGUAGUGGCGCCCACUACGCAGUUUCGCGUAAUAUUCCCUAUCAGUACUACAAAAUGUAUGGCUCCAUAUAGUCCAUAUUGAAAUUCAGAGCGCCUGCCGCAAACCACUUCGUUUGUUUAUCUAUCUGUCUCUCUAUCGCUCGAAUAUGCAAGUGAUAUGAUAGAGAGGUAAAUAACGAAAUAACCUAUUCCGAUUUUCGCGGUAGCUGGUAUACAGGCAAGCACCGUUUGAAAUAGUCGAAACCGCUAGAAAUUUUGUCUAUGACAAAACUCAACCUUAAAGACUACGAUAUAACCUACCUAGUUGUAUUAAAUAUCAUUUAAAUUACAGUCAAUGUAACACAUAAUGACACUUAUUGUUUUUAUUUAAUAUUGGAUACAUUAGUUUUAUGUAAAAAAAGUUUUUUUUUGAUUACUCAUAAAAACUGAGGACCUACCGCGAAACACGAAAAUCGGAAUGUCGUUAUCUGCCUCUAUCGCUCGAAUAAGCAAGUGAUAGAGAGGCAGAUAGAUAACGAAAUUUCGCAUUGUACUGCAUGCUAUGUGAAGUUGGCUGUCAUUUAAAUGUUACAAUUGCAUUUAUUACGAUUGUAUUGUAAACUCGCAAUAAGGAUGCUCAAUAUGUCACAAUCACUGUUUUGAAAUGCUCAGUAUUCGUAAAAUGUCACCAGAUAUUCCAUCAGACGACCAAAUAACGAGAGAACAGUAUUAAAACCUGUUAAGGUUCUAUAGGGACCUUGCAUGUUGGAGCUGCCAUCUUGUGACACUUGGCGCAAAAGCAGGUGUUGCUACCUACAGUGCAUGCACGCUCCCUUACGCGUUGUGGUGUUGGUUCCGCCAUCUUGUGGCUUUAAUCGGAAACUUUGCACCAAUGAAUUUAUAGCAUAAACAACGGGCUAUAAUUAUAACUUCAUCUGAAUUUCUGGUUAUGUUUUACAUUUAGAUGAAAAUUUGAAACCAUAAGAAUUAUAAUAUACAAUAAUCAUCAAUUCAUCAGUCAGCUACGAGGACUGCCAUACUUAUUAAACAAGACUUAAAGUUUUUUUAUGUGCUUAUAUUUGUUUUGAGAUUACGUGGAAUUAACUUUAUGUACACAAGGGCACAAUUACAUUAAUCUGAUUAAUAUUUUAGGCGUAAGCCUGAAACGAAUAUUAUUAACUAUUAUAUUUAUAUGUUACAGCAAGCAGAUAAAUGUAUCUGUGCCCUAAUUUUGUAUUGAUCCGAUUUAUCUUUGUCUUAUAAUACUGUAACCUGUAAAUAAUGUGAUUGUCUCAAAUUUUUAUUAUACUAAAUACAAUGACAUAGCAAUAAUUAAAUAAUAAAUCUAUCUAUAAAUAAAUAUUA